AGACCAAUGGUUUAUAGAAAACGAAAGUUAUGAGGACUAAACUAUUAUGCAAUGUUUGCAUUGCAACCCUGAUAAAAUCACUGAGGUUUCCGUUAAAUAAGAUUUGUGUGUGUGUCCAUGUUGUUUACAAGCAGCUAAAUGAAUGUUUAGAGGUCAUGCACCCCUGCAGAGAAUUCUACUGGAAUAGAGAAAAAAAAAAAAAGCAAGAAAGAAUGUGGGAAUGAUAAAGCCAAAAGAAACUGCUGCAGUUACGAGUAGGGGUGGAGGCGGAGCAGGUGCGCAACCAAACACAAAGACAAGGAUGCAGACUUCAACAGUAACUCUCUUGGUCAUUACUGCGGUCCUCUGGGGCAACAUAGAAGCAUUUUCAGACGCAGCUGUGGACUGCUGUCUGACCACAAAGGACACUCGUAUUCCAAUACAGAUCGUUGCAUCGUACUUUCACCAAACCACAGACAGUGGAUGUGCCAUUGCUGCUACUGUAUUCAUCACAAAAAAGGACAAGAAACUGUGCGCUCCACCAGAGAAAAACACCUGGAUUAACAAAAUCAUCUCACACCUGGAGAAGAAGAAAAAAGCUCCUCAGUAGGAACCCAUGACGGGAGGUGAACAAGAUGACCCUACGACUGCACUGAGCAACACUGAAUGCAGGAAGUGACUACACUUAAUCAUCAACUGCGACUUUUUUUUUUUUUAAAGUUGUAAAUGAUUAAAUGCUGAUGUGCCAUUUCCGCAAUGUAUUAUGUUGUUUAUAUUUUGCUGUACUGUCUUACUGUAAUGAUUAUGAGUCAUUUGUCAUUUGAAAUAUCCUGUCAGCUGUAUUUGUAUUUUUUUUUGUAUUUUUUAAGAAUGAUUUCAAAUAAAUUCAUUUUGUUAAA